AUUGGCCAUCAUCCUCACCCAAUGCAUUAUUGAUACUUUUUCCCUUUCAUAUGCCCUCUAAAAUACUCUGCACUUUCAAUAGAUUUUGAAGGUCAUAGUUCAGAGCAGAAAUCUAAAACUGAUUUUACAGAUUGACCAAAAAUCACAUGCUCAUUCAGCCUCACUGAGAAAAACAGUGACUUCAAAAUGGGAAGAGAAUCUCCUUCAUCUUGUGAUUCUUAUCCAGUAAAUGCUCAUCAAGAAACUUCCAACUAUGAUGAAACCAUUAUGCAGCACAGCUUACACUUCGCAGACAGUUUGAAGGAAUUGAAGUGUUUGAGGAUGCAAUUAUACUCAGCAGCAGAGCAUUUUGAGUUGUCUUUUGGAGAAGUACAGAAGCAGCGCCUAGUGGUGGAUAGCUUGAAGGAUUAUUUGAGCAAAGCAGUGAUUAGCACAGUGGAUCACUUGGGGUGUGUGGCAUCUAAACUGGACACUUUCUUGGAUGAAAAGGUGGAUGAGUUUUCUUCCACAACACUUCGACUCUCCUGCAUUGAACAGAAAUCAAGAUCAUACCAAGAAUUCAUUGACCGGAGUGGACUUGUGCAAAACUCCUUGGCUGCCAUAGCACCAAAGUAUCAGAAACAUUAUUAUAUCAACCACCGAAAGUCAAAUGAGAAAAACAGUUCAGAGAAAACCUCAGUGUACUUAGAAGAGGAUAUGCACCGAAGUCAUUACAAGCGAGCUUUUCUAAGACCAAGUACAGCAAAGGGACGUCCUCCCAUACAUAGGAAAAGAAAUCAUAAGCCAUCAUCAAUAGAAGCCUCACCAAAACCAAAUCCUCAAGCAUUUUCUUUUAUGAGGAAUGCACCUAGCAAGGAAGUUGAGAAGCGGUCACAUUCUCCACUUCGCUUUAUGAUUAAGCGAUCGGGAUCAUAUGCCAAUAGAUCGGAUUCUCCCACUCCUUACAAUCAACAACGGUGCCCAUCAGCGCCUAGGAGAAUGGUUCACGCACCUAUAAAUCAAGCAAGGCACGAUCCACAAGAUUUGGAACUCCAAUCUAAAAAGACUAAACAUAUGCUGAAAGCAUUACUUAACAUCCAUAAGUCAAAAAAAGAAGUAGCAUCCAGUUACCAGGAUAAGAGGUGAAAAAGGGAAUCAAGAAACCAUUCUUCAUUUCAGCAUGGAUAACUUUGUGUAUAUUUCAGCCAGCCCAUGUGUUGUUCUUCAAGAUAACCUUUUUCAUUUGAACACCACAAGAUGUAGUGAUAUAUAUAGAUAUAUGAAAGGUUCUUAUUAUGACAACACCUUUUAAUGUGAGAACUUUUAACUUCUACUU